AUGGUUGGACGUUACGUUCUCAAGGCGGUGAUCAUGGCCGGAUGCGCUUUCGCCGGCGUCAACUAUCCAACGAUUCCGAAGGACUUGACCACACCAUUCCAACAGCGACUGGCGGUGUAUGGGCCUAAUUCUGUGUCUGUGGGAUGGAACACAUAUGAGCAACUGAGCCAGCCCUGCGUACAAUAUGGGUUGUCAGCAGAUAAUCUGGAUACCAAAGCAUGCUCAUCGUCUUCGACCACUUACUCAACCUCCCGGACCUGGUCAAAUGUGGCCAUUCUGACAGGCUUGACACCUGCAACAACCUACUACUACAAGAUCGUUUCAGCCAACUCCACAGUGGAUCACUUCCUCAGUCCUCGCACCCCGGGAGACAAAACGGCUUUUAAUAUGGACGUUGUGAUUGAUCUCGGCGUUUAUGGAAAAGAUGGCUUCACAACCUCAAGCAAGAAGAAGGACACCAUCCCUGUAAUUGAACCAGAACUCAACCACACUACCAUCGGCCGCCUCGCCGAGACAGUGAAUGACUACGAGUUGGUCAUUCACCCAGGUGACUUCGCCUAUGCCGAUGACUGGUACCUCAAGUUCUCAAACAUUCUCAACGGCAAAGAAGCCUACGAGUCCAUCCUGGAACAGUUCUACGAUCAACUGGCGCCAAUCGCAGGCCGCAAGCUGUACAUGGCUAGCCCAGGCAACCACGAGGCAGACUGCAGCGAAAUCCCAUAUCUGAACAAUCUUUGUCCAAAGGGACAAAACAAUUUCACCGAUUUCCUGCACCGAUUCGAAAACACCAUGCCUCAAUCAUUCGCAUCAUUAUCCACUAAUACGACAGCGCAAGCUCUCGCGCGGAAAGCGCGCAGUCUCUCCAACCCGCCCUUUUGGUAUUCAUUUGAAUACGGCAUGGCGCACAUCGUGAUGAUCAACACGGAAACCGAUUUCCCCAAUGCUCCCGAUGGAACAGAUGGAUCAGCCAAGCUGAACGGUGGACCAUUUGGUGCGCCCCAUCAGCAGAUCGAGUUCCUGAAGGCUGAUCUUGCAUCCGUUGACCGAACAGUCACACCGUGGGUCAUUGUUGCUGGUCACCGACCGUGGUACUCGACUGGUUCAUCCAGUGGUUGCGACUCGUGCCAAGAAGCCUUCGAAGGCUUGUUCUACCAGUACGGUGUUGAUCUCGGUGUUUUCGGCCACGUACACAAUUCACAGCGAUUCCUUCCUGUUGUCAAUGGCACCGCUGAUCCCAAUGGGAUGAAAGAUCCCAAGGCGCCGAUGUACAUUGUUGCUGGUGGAGCGGGUAACAUCGAAGGGUUGAGUGCUGUUGGCACUAAGCCUGCUUACACAGAAUUUGCAUACGCCGAUGAUUACAGCUACAGCACACUCAAGUUCUUGGAUGCGCAGAAUUUGCAAGUUGAGUUCAUCAGGUCUUCAACUGGAGAAAUUUUGGAUUCCAGUACCCUGUACAAGAAUCAUGCGACGCAAUUCGUUCAGCAGUGA